AUGGCAAAGGCUAAUGUCGAGAAGAUUGAGCCUGAUAGGCCAUAUGCUAAGUUUUGGAUGGGAACCCGUGACUCAGAGCCAAUUUUUAUGGCUGAUGAUAAUGGAGAAUGUGGAAAUUUAGGUUUAAGAGAUUGGAUUUUGAAGAAUCCGAAUGUGCUUGGUCACAAGGUUUUGAAAAAAUGGGGGCAUGAUCUUCAUUUUCUAUUCAAGAUACUUUCAUUGGCAAAACCCCUUUCAAGACAGGCACAUCCGGAUAAAGAAUUGGCCAAAGAAUUGCAUAAGUUGAAGCGAAAUCUCUAUAAGGAUGCUAAUCAUAAACCUGAGAUGGCUUUGUCCAUAACAAAAUUCAGGACCCUUUGCGGGUUCAUUACUUUUGAGGGUUCGGGAACAGUUGGUGCAUCUGAUGUUCCUACUAGUUCAGUUGAAGCCAAUGCUCAUUCGCAUCUUGUUUCAAGAGUUCUCGACUCUGAAGAAGCAACUUCAAAAAUGCAGAAGAAGCUAGAGAAGUUGCAUCUAAGAUCUUAUAAUCUGUUAGUAUCUUCUUGUGAUAAUCUGAGAACAUUCUUGGUUUUUUGUUUUUAA